ACGAGUAUGAGUUUGUUGAGAUUUUGUUUGAUUACGCUGACAAAGCUGGUGUAUCUGUUGCAUUCUUGCAUAAAGCAAAAGGGUAUGCAAGUGUCUUCUUUCGAAUGGGAACUUCUCCUGCAGACAUAUUUCGCAUUUUACCUCACAGAUUGUAUCGAUUCUCCCACAGUGUUCCUUCCUUCACUGACGGGAAUUGAAGGUGUGCCUAAAGAUGCUUAUGAGCUGGACCAGGAUGCGUUACCAGAAACAAUCGAAGAGAUUAUGAUGCCCUCAAUCUCUGAGACUCAGCCUAAAGCCAUCUACUUUGCUAGUGAGGGGAAAGUUUUUCAGACUGGUCAGUUUUGGUCAUUUUACAGUGGUGAUGAUGAGUUGCCUCGGUACUACUGUAAGAUUCAGAAGGUCUCUUUUACUCUGGUUCUCAACCGGGAGCCAAGUUUUAAACUACAUAUAAGUAGGCUAAAAAAGGCUAUUCCUUUCCCUGAGGAUGUUAUCGACUGGAAAGAGGGGAAAAUGCCUCGUGGUUGUGGAACUUACUACCCAAGAACAGUUCUUGAAACAAUCACUCCAAGUGAGCUUUCACAACAGGUAAUGCCUCAAGCCUCUAUGGAUGGAAAAGAAUAUAUAAUUCUCCCCAAGAUUGGUGAAGUAUGGAUCACAUAUAGAUCCUGGAGUGCUGACAUUGAGGUUGGUGAUGAUUUGGAUGGUUUGGGUUAUGACAUUGUAGAAGUUCUUGAUGAUACAUUGGACUAUAAGGUUGUAUUGUUGGAGCGCCAGUCCGGUAAUAAAGAAGAUGAUGAGUUUGAAUAUAAAUGGUUUAGGGCAGUUACAAAGUCUGAGUAUAACGAGCAGCGUGGGUUGGUACCAAUGUUUACGAUCCCAAAGUCGGAAAGGCUCAGAUUCUCGCAUAAAGUCCAUGCUUCUCGUAUAACAAGAGAGAUACAUGGAGAGUUAAAAGGCCUCUUAAAAGUUGACUCUAGGCCAUUACCUUUCUUCCUUUCUGGCGAUUGAACAGAUGAUGAGGGAAACGAAAGGGAAGCUAAUGAUUCUUUUUUGGUUAGCUUUUGGUGCAUGUGGUGAA